AUGAAUAUCGAGGUGUGUUACGACCGAGCUGGGCGAGAAUGUGAGCUGUUCCGAAUCAGACUGGCAGGCGCUCAGGCACAGUCCCGUCCCGCGGCCGGCUCGGUAGCUGAGCGGUCGAAUUCAGAAUACCGAAAUGGCCCGGCCGAUGUAGCCGAGCUGGUCAGGCAUGUGUGCUGUUUCGAAAUAAACUGACGGGUGGUCAGACCCAUCCCCG